AUGAGCGGAUCUGGCAGAGAUAGCUAUCGAUGUCAUCAUGCUUCAGGGUAUUCGAAACGGAAAGCAAAAGAAGAAAAAGAAAGUAAAGAGAAAGAAUUUCUGAUUUUGUUUCCGAAAAUGACGGAUAUCUUUCGAAGAGCCGGGUCCACCUCUUGCGGGUCGGCCCCUGAAACCUCUGAGACUACAGAAGUACAACCGUCUUCUUCAGCAAGUGGCGAUAGUCAGUUGAUAUCGACUGAAACAGUCGAACAGGAGCAGCAAGGCACAUCAAUGGCUGUUAAAAUGAGUAGAACGACGAAAACUGAAACGAGUGGAUCAGAUUAUGAGGUUGGCACAUCACAAGAUACUCCAGUAAGGGCAAAGGAACCACAUCCUAUCUGUCAAAAACUACGUGUGACGAGUUCAUCAACUUUGGGAACUUGCGUUCUCGACCGAAUUAUUUAUGAAGUGAAAGAGGCCAAGCAUUAUUCCGUGUCUGUUGACUCUACUCCCGAUCUGUCGCACGUAGACCAGCUUACAAUUAUUUUGCGAUACGUACUGCCAUCAGGACCUGUAGAGCGAUUCGUCAAGUUUUUACAUAUGCAGGGGCACAGUGGUGAGCAACUUGCUCAGAACCUGAGUGACUUUCUUGCUGAACAUAACAUCAGCCUGAGUGACUGUCGUGGACAGUCAUAUGACAACGCCAGCAACAUGUCUGGCAGGUACAGUGGAAUGCAGGCGCAUGCUCGAAAGCUAAAUCCAUUAGCAGAGUAUGUGCCAUGUGCUGGACACUCACUCAAUUUGGUGGGUCAGUUCACAGCCUCAUGUUGCGAACAGGCAACCAUGUUCUUUGAUUUCAUACAGCGUUUAUAUGUAUUUUUCUCUGCAUCGACGUACCGUUGGUCUCUACUAACUGAUGCAUUGUCUGAGAACAAACUACCGUGUUUAAAGCGCAUGUCUGACACACGAUGGUCAGCCCGAGCUGAUGCACUGAAAGCACUGUACAUGGGCUAUAGUCAAAUAAACAACGUCAUCGACAGUAUUGCUGCAGAUGAAAAUCAGAAAGGUGAAUGUCGACAAGAAGCACGUGGGCUUGCAGCAAUGUGGCAUCAGGUGUUGGAGAGAUUCCAGAUGUGCAGCGCUAGCCUGCAUUCAGCGGACCAAGACUUAAACACUGCAUGCGCUCUAUACAAGUCACUGAUCGUGUUUGUUCAGAAGCUUCGGCCUACGUUUGAAGACACUGAACAAAAAGCCAAGGAAUUAACAAAUUCUGCUGAAUAUCGGCAAGAUACACAGAGGGUGCGCAAACGCAACCGUAAAUAUGAUCAUGAGUUCGGAUUGUCAUCUGAAGAGGAGAAAACUGAAACGGCUGCAAACAAGUUUCGAGUCGGCACGUUCUUGGUGAUCAUCGACAGCUUGAUUUCUGCACUGAAGAAACGUUUGAAAGCAUAUGAGGAAAUCAGUAACAAGUUUGGCUUCUUGCGAAAUUUAGGGUCGAUGUCCGAGGAGCAACGGUCAAAAUUGGCGAUGGCUCUCAUUAACAAGUAUCCAAAUGAUUUGGAGGCCAGUCUGGCAAACGAACUUCUACAGUUCGUGGCACUUCUCAACACGGAGUUUGGCAAGCGGGUUACGACAACUGAUCCGAGUGCUUCUCAGUUAGAUGCUGCAGCUGAUGAUCAGGACAACACGGCGAUGACAGGCGGCGAGGCAUUGGAGCUGCUCAUGUACCGUCUCAUCAGAGAUCACAACAUGCAAUCAUGUGUUCCUAAUAUUGAAAUGAUGCUACGCAUGUAUUUGUGUAUGGUGGUUACAAACUGCACGGGGGAUCGUUCGUUUUCCAAAUUGCGCCGCAUAAAAAAUGCACAAAGAACGACGAUGGGAGAAAAACGUUUAAAUAUGCUGACGUUGAUGAGCAUCGAAUGCGAGUUGUUGAGAACGGUUGACACCACUUCCAUUAUAAAAGACUUUGCGCAUAUUAAAUCUCGAAGGCGCGAUAUAUAA